CUGGCCUCCUACUCUUUCUCGUGGUUUUUCGUCGCCUCCGUGUUUCCCCUCUUUUUCACGGGCAUCGCAUCCACGGUCAGUGUUAUUCCCCUCCCGCCUCGACGUCACGGGUUUGCCUGUUGGGUGCCUGGAACUCACGCGUCCCUUGGCAAGGCACGAAUUAUAUGGUUCUUCUCUCUGCUCCUCGCCAUCCUGUUGCUCCAUCCGUGUUGCUCCAUCCCCGUGUUGCUACUAUCCCCGCUUUCUGUCUCCCCCGUCUCAUACAACCCAUCUCUCGUUCUUGUGAACGCCGGUUAACACUCGUUCUGAUCAGAUCUGGUGUGAAUCUGCUUAGUCGUCAACAUGGCGUCCCCUACUGCUGCCAAAGACACUGAUCCCGCUGUGAAUCUCCUGCACCAUCCGUACACGCGUGCUGCGUUGCCCUUCAUCAACGGUGGUCUCGCCGGCAUGACGGCCACCGUCGUCAUCCAGCCCAUUGACAUGAUCAAGGUGCGUCUGCAGCUCGCUGGUGAAGGUGUCCGCACCGGUCCUCGUCCCUCUGCCAUUGGCGUGGCCCGCGACAUCAUCGCCUCCGGGAAGGUCCUCGACUUGUACACCGGUCUGUCCGCCGGACUCCUCCGUCAGGCCGUCUACACCACCGCCCGUCUCGGCUUCUUCGACACCUUCAGCAAGGCCCUGAACAAGCGUGCCGAGGCCGCCCACCGUUCCGUCACCUUUGCCGAACGCGCCGGCGCCGGGCUCACUGCCGGUGGCAUCGCCGCCAUGAUUGGCAAUCCGGCUGAUCUGGCGCUCGUGCGGAUGCAGUCCGACGGUCUCAAGCCGGUCCAGGCCCGUGCCAAUUACCGUUCCGUGCUCGACGCCCUGUUCCGUAUCUCCAAGCACGAGGGCAUCGCGGCUCUGUGGGCGGGUGCCUUCCCCACCGUCAUCCGGGCCAUGGCGCUCAACGUCGGCCAGUUGACCUUCUUCGCCGAGUCCAAGGCUCAGCUCAAAGCGCAUACCAGUCUGUCGGCCCAGAACCAGACCUUUGCCGCCUCGGCCAUUGCGGGCUUCUUUGCCAGUUUCCUCUCCUUGCCGUUUGACUUUGUCAAGACUCGGCUGCAGAAGCAGCAGAAGGAUCCCAAGACGGGUCGGCUCCCUUACAAAGGCGUGUUGGAUUGCGCGCGCAAGGUCGUCCAGGAGGAGGGCUGGUUGCGGUUCUAUCGCGGUUUCGGCACUUAUUAUGUGCGGAUCGCUCCCCAUGCGAUGGUGACGCUUAUCGUGGCCGACUACCUCAACUUGAUUACCAAGUAGAUGUUCAGCAUCAACAAAUACGAAUGUGGCAGUGCUUAUCUGUCUACGAAUACGACAAUGACACCAGCAGCGUUGUUGAUCACGCUUUUCCUACUCAUCGGCUGCAUCGAUCGAUGCUGUCGCACUGCCGGACCAGAUGCGUUAAUACCCUGAUUGAAUGGAGCCUGGUGUUAUGUUCUGCUUCUUGUAUUUAUUAUACCCGGUGCUUUA